GUUCUUGUUUCACACUGCAUCUGUGGGAGUAUGAGGAAGUAGGUUUUGAAUUGUUACACUGGAGGUCUCGUAGUUUGCUCUCUCCUGUCGGCUCUGACUGUCCCUCUGUGCCAUGGCUGCAGUCUGAGGAGGUCAGACUGCGGAUUUUAACGACUCACACUCGCACACACACAUUCUGGACAGUGGACAUCUGAGGAGGAGAGGCCCACUGGGACAAUGGCUAAGUAUCACUGGCAGAGCCAAAAUGUCAAGCAAAGCGGAGUGGACGACAUGGUCCUGCUGUCCAAGAUCACAGAGGACGGCAUUGUGGAAAACCUCAAGAAAAGAUACAUGGAUGACUACAUCUUCACUUACAUUGGCCCCGUUUUAAUAUCAGUUAACCCGUUCAAGCAGAUGCCCUACUUCACUGACAGAGAGAUUGAACUUUACCAAGGAGCAGCCCAGUACGAGAAUCCACCACACAUCUAUGCCUUGACUGAUAACAUGUACAGAAACAUGAUGAUUGAUGGAGAGAAUCAGUGUGUCAUCAUCAGCGGCGAGAGUGGUGCAGGUAAGACAGUGGCUGCCAAAUACAUCAUGGGUUACAUUUCCAAAGUAUCUGGAGGAGGAGCAAAAGUUCAGCAUGUAAAAGAAAUCAUCCUCCAGUCAAACCCUCUGCUGGAGGCUUUUGGUAACGCCAAGACCGUCCGAAACAACAACUCCAGUCGUUUUGGGAAAUACUUUGAGAUUCAGUUCAGCAGAGGAGGAGAGCCAGACGGUGGCAAAAUUUCAAACUUCCUUCUGGAGAAGUCAAGGGUGGUGAGCCAGAAUGAGAGCGAGAGGAACUUCCACAUUUACUAUCAGAUGAUAGAGGGCGCCAACGCACAGCAGAAAGAGGGUCUUGGCAUCAUGACCCCAGACUACUACUACUACCUCAACCAGUCAGGGACCUACAAAGUGGAUGGGACCAAUGACAGCAAGGACUUCCAAGAGACUAUGGAAGCCAUGCAGGUGAUUGGGAUCCCAGGUGACAUCCAGGCCCAGGUGCUGCAGAUCAUUGCAGGCAUCCUCCACCUGGGAAACAUCAGCUUCAUAGAAGUGGGAAACUACGCACAGGUGGAGAGCACGGACUUACUUGCCUUCCCCGCCUAUUUGCUGGGCAUCGACUCCAACCGUUUGCAGGACAAGCUGACCAGCCGCAAGAUGGAUUCAAAGUGGGGAGGGAAGUCCGAGUCCAUUACGGUGACUCUGAACCAGGAGCAGGCCACCUACACACGAGACGCCCUCGCCAAAGCCCUCUAUGCAAGAGUCUUUGAUUACCUGGUGGAGGCCAUAAAUAAAGCCAUCCAAAAACCAUAUGAAGAAUUCAAUAUCGGAGUACUUGACAUUUAUGGCUUUGAGAUAUUCCAGAAAAAUGGCUUCGAGCAGUUCUGUAUCAACUUUGUGAAUGAGAAACUGCAACAGAUCUUCAUUGAACUGACCCUAAAGGCUGAGCAGGAAGAGUAUGUUCAGGAGGGCAUCAAGUGGACUCCCAUUGAAUACUUCAACAACAAGAUUGUGUGCGACCUCAUUGAAAAUAAGUGCCCUCCUGGUAUAAUGAGCGUGCUGGAUGAUGUGUGCGCCACCAUGUACGCCAAAGGAGAGGGUGCAGAUGGCACCCUGCUGCAGAAACUGCAGGCGUCUGUGGGAACACAUGAACAUUUCAACAGCUGGAACUCCGGCUUCAUCAUACAUCACUACGCUGGCAAGGUGUCAUAUGAUGUCAACGGCUUCUGUGAGAGAAACCGGGAUGUGCUUUUCCCUGAUCUCAUCGAGCUCAUGCAAAGCAGCGAAUAUAACUUCAUCUGUAGCUUGUUCCCCGAGAACCUGAACACAGAUAAGAAAGGCAGACCGACCACAGCCAGCACAAAGAUCAAGAAACAAGCGAAUGAUCUAGUGAACACGCUGAUGAAAUGCACUCCACACUAUAUCCGCUGUAUCAAACCAAAUGAGACAAAGAGACCCAAGGACUGGGAGGAGAGCAGGGUUAGGCAUCAGGUUGAAUACCUGGGACUCCGGGAAAACAUACGCGUAAGAAGAGCAGGAUUCGCUUAUCGCAGAGUCUUCAAUAAGUUUCUGAUGAGGUAUGCCAUUCUAACAGCUGAGACGUGGCCAUCUUGGAGGGGUCCAGAACAACAGGGGGUCCUUCACCUCCUCCGGUCCGUCAACAUGGAUAACGACCAGUACCAGAUGGGACGCACCAAAGUCUUUGUCAAGAACCCCGAGUCGCUUUUCCUGCUUGAGGAGAUGAGGGAGAGGAAGUUUGACACGUUUGCCAGGAUAAUUCAGAAAUCCUGGAGGAGAUACAUUGCGAGGAAGAAGUAUGAACAGAUGAGAGAAGAGGCUUCAGACAUCCUGUACAACUCCAAGGAGCGGAGGAAGAACAGCAUCAACAGAAACUUUGUUGGAGACUACCUCGGUCUGGAGCAGAGGCCUGAACUGCGACAGUUUCUGUCCAAGAGGGAGCGUGUCGACUUUGCUGAUUCUGUCACCAAGUUUGAUCGCAGGUUCAAGUCUAUCAAGAGGGACUUGAUCUUAACCCCUAAGGGCAUCUAUCUGAUCGGCCGAGAGAAGGUGAAGAAAGGACCUGAGAAAGGACAGAUAAAGGAGGUGCUGAAACGAAAACUAGAGUUUGGAAGCAUCAGUGGUGUCUCUCUCAGUACGAGGCAGGACGAUUUCUUCAUCCUACAUGAGUCCCAGUACGACAGUAUGUUGGAGUCCAACUUCAAGACAGAGUUCCUCAGCCUGCUCUCGAAACGCUACGAGGAAGUGACCAAGAGAAAACUGACCAUCUCCUUCAAUGACAGGCUAGAGUUCAGAGUGAAGAAGGAAGGCUGGGGUGGAGGAGGCUCCAGGGUGGUGGUGUUUCAGAGGGGGCAAGGGGACCUGGCCCAGCUCAAGCCAGGAGGGAAGACCCUCACCGUUACAGUAGGAGAUGGUCUACCCAAGUCCUCCAAGCCAACUCGGAAGAGUGCGCCGCAGUCUCACGGUGGACAGAGAAAUAACUUUGCCAACAGAGCACAUCAGAAUGGAGCAGCCAAUUUUUCCAGAGCGCCUGCCCACCAUCCAUCAGAUGUCACAUAUUCUGCUCCACACAAACAGGGCCGGCCACCCAGCACAGUCCUUCCUAAACUGGGGAAUCAGAGAGCCUCUCGAGUCCCAGCCCACAACCAGCACAACCAGGGGAACUUGGACUUCCUAAAUGUCCCCGAUGAGGGCAUGUCGGGGAAGCAAAGGAAAAGGAGCAUCAGUCGACGACCUCCUCCUGCUCCUAAACCGCAGCCUCGACCCCAGGGGCCCCGCUGCCGGGCCAUAUAUCAGUACACCGGCCAGGACACGGACGAGAUCAGCUUUGAGGUCAAUGACGUGUUCGACCUCAUCAAAGAAGACCCUUCAGGCUGGUGGACAGGCAGGAUUCGGGGAAAGGAAGGUCUCUUUCCGGGUAACUAUGUGGAAAAGAUCUGAACAUUAUUUGGUCUGUCCUGUUGGACUUGUGUCUCAGACUCUUGGAGAAGUACGUCUAUUUCGUUUAUCCUCAUCCAUAACGGAAAUAGGGCUGUUUAACGGUGGUCCUCGCUGACAUUUGGGUCACCUGUGAGUUGUUUUCCUGGUGCUGUUAUGGUCAUCACUUUUAAAGCACAGAUCCCCUGCAAAGAACUGCUCAAGUUUCAUCUGUGUUGUUGUCCCAAGCUAUUCUGUUCCGAGUGACGUAAAGCCUGAUGGAAAAGUGACCUGAUAAUCCUGCAUUGCUUUCUGAUGUCUUUAUUGUUUAUAUUUGUCUGAAACUCAGUAUUCUUGAUAAAUACAACAGCACAAAAUCAAGUUAUAACAGACGUGAAAAUAUAUUGGGUAUGCAACAAGUGAGUUUGACUGUUAUGCUUCUGCUCUAACAAACAAACGUGCUUCAGAAGAUUGAUGAUAAUCUCACAUAAAAAAACAACAAAACAUUGAGAUUUUAUAAUGAUGGAUUAUUACAGAUAUCCCUGUUGGUAGUUUUUUCACUUAAAUUAAAAAAAAAGAAAAAAAAAGAAAUAUAUUUUCAGUUUUUUACCUGUGCACUGAUUUGUGUUAUCAGUAAGUUAUAAAAUAACUUACGGAGUGCAGUGAUUUUUAAUUGUCCCUCAUGAAAGUGUUUAUUUUUGCCUUUAAAUUUGUGAUUUGUAAAUUAAUGUAAUUCUUUUACAGUCAAUCAAUAGCAUUUUUUUUGUAUAUGAACGAGAAGAGAAGAAUAAAGAGUUUUAACACUC